GUUCCUCAUGUAAAAGCAUCAUUCUUUACAUACAUGCUUGUAAUGUGUGUUUGUGUAGGCGGAUUCCUGUUUGGUUACGAUACUGGUGUCAUCUCCGGUGCACUUCAACCUCUUCAGGAAAAAUUUGGUUUGAGUACAGUUCAAAAGGAAUUAGUAGUUGGUGCCACUACUUUGGGUGCAAUAUUUGGAGGAUUCUUUGCUGGUUUGCUGUCAGAUAAAAUGGGAAGAAAGAUUCUAGUCAUCAUUUCUUCUGUAAUAUUUAUCGCUGGCGCUCUUCUUCUUGCCUUGGCACCAAGUUAUGGUGUGCUUCUCUUGGGUCGCCUGGUGGUUGGUGUAGCUGUCGGAGUGGCUUCCAUGAUUGUCCCAGUUUAUGUCAGUGAACUGGCACCAAAACAUAUCCGUGGCAGAUUGACGACCCUCAAUACACUUGUUAUCACAUUUGGUCAAGUAAUUGCCUAUGUUAUGAACAUUGCCUUUGCCUCUGUCGACAAUGGUUGGCGGUACAUGUUUGGUAUUGCUGGUAUCCCAGCCCUUUUCCAAUUUAUUAUUAUGCCAUUUUUGCCUGAAUCACCUCGUCGUCUGGUUAUCACUAAUAAGCUCGAACAGGCCAAAUCAACUCUUCGUAAAAUCUACGGCCCUGAAGUCACAGAAGCUUUCAUUGAAAACCAAGUUCGUUUGAUGCUCGAUGAUGUCAACAGUAGCUCUAGUUCAAGCUUUAAAGAUCUAAUUCAUCGUGAUACCCUCAGACCACUCAUAAUUGCAUGUCUCUUGCAGGCAGCGCAACAACUGUCCGGCUUUAAUGCUGCCAUGUAUUACGCUGCAACUAUUCUACAGAUGGCUGGAUUCCGUAGUAACCAAAAUUCAACAAGUGUGGCUAUUAUUGUGUCAGUUACCAAUAUGGUGUUUACUGCGGUAGCAGUUUCAGUUAUCGAUUGGGCAGGUCGUCGUCGCAUGGUUGUUAUCACUAUGCUGAUGAUGAUUGCUGGUUUAAUCUCUCUGGGCGCCACAUUUGCUGCCCAACAAGGCUUUAUUCCCAAGCAAGACAGCUGCAGCGGUUAUGUAACACAUUGUGCUCGGAAUGAUAAGGCCAUUACUGGAAUACUUUUGACAUCGCUUAUUGUCUAUGUUGCCAGUUAUGCUCUUGGUUUAGGAUAUGCCCCUUGGCUUAUCCAAAGUGAGAUGUUUUCUAAUUCUGUACGUGGAAAGGCCAAUGGCGUAUCUACUGCUGUCAAUUGGAUUUGUAACUUGAUCAUUUCUACCACAUUCUUAUCCAUGACGGAUACAUUGACUUCUGCAGGAACCUUUUGGUUCUAUGCAGGUAUUUCGUUUAUCUUAUGGAUUGGAAUAUAUUUUCUUCUGCCAGAGGUAAAUACGAUUAACAUUACAAAGAUA